UCAAAAUUGAUAUGGCCAUACUGAUCGAAACAAAAACUCAACCGAAAGAAGAAGAACCUAGAGUUGUUCUGGAUCCUAAAGAGAUUAUAAUUAAUGAUUUGAAAGACCAGAUUAGAAAUAUCGAAAAAUCUGUAAAUUUGAGAGAUUCAAGGUAUAUGACAAGAGCUUUGCGUUCAUUGAUAACAAUUAGGAAAAAGUUAUCCGAUGAUAUUUUAACUUCUAUAAUUAGCUAUUUGAAUCCUAAUAGUAAGGAAACAAUCGAUACAUUUAUUGGAAAUGAUGACAUGGAGGUUGAUGCAUUAUUAUCUGAUUCAAUUAAGAUAAACAAAAUCAAGGGAAAUGUAAUCCCUGAAAUUCAUAUAUAUACACACUUAUUGGUAUUACUUCAUCUUAUAGACAAUAAGGAUUUUAAAAAGGGGAAAUGUUGUGCAGAUAAUAUGAUGGAAAAAUUGAUUUCUCAGAAUAGAAGAACAUUAGAUUUAUUGGCAGCAAAAUGCUACUUCUAUUAUGCAAGAAUUUAUGAAUUAAACAACCAAGCUGAUCAAAUUAGAAGAUUUCUAUUAGCACGAUUUAGAACAUGCACCCUGAGGAAAGACAAUGAUGGUCUGGCAGUUUUAAUUAAUCUGAUUCUUAGGAACUACUUAUUAUAUAAACUUUACAAUCAAGCUGACAUUUUUGCAGCAAAAACGAAUUUUCCGGAAACUGCAAAUAAUAAUGAAUGGGCAAGAUAUUAUUAUUACAUAGGACAUAUAAAAGCAAUUCAUUUGGAAUAUUCCGUAGCUCAAAAAAAUUUGUUACAAGCCUCUAGAAAAGGACCACAAUUAUUAGCUAUAGGAUUUAAGCAAGCUAUAAAUAAAUUAGCAAUCGUGGUUCAAUUGCUUCUGGGCGAAAUACCCGAGAGAAAUCUUUUUAAAGAUCCUUCAUUGAAGAAAUCACUUUUACCCUACUUCCAGUUAACGCAAGCUGUCAGGUUAGGCGACAUAGAGUUUUUUUCCAACGUUCUACAAAAGUACGAAUCCAAAUUUCUGGCCGAUUCAACCUAUACCCUCAUCAUUAGAUUGAGACGAAACGUGCUCAAGACUGGCAUUAAGAAAAUAAAUUGCGCAUAUUCUCGCGUCUCUCUUCCAGAUAUAGCGGCAAAAUUGAAUUUGAAAACGGCCAAAAAUAGUGUAGGGGAUUGUGAAUAUAUUCUCGCUAAGGCUAUAAGAGACAAGGUCAUAGAGGCCUCCGUACAGCACAACGAUAACGGUAAAGAAAAAACCGGUGGAGUAUACCUGGUUAACGGAAAAUACGCUGCUUUGGGUGAUCAAGCUGGAAAAGAAGCUAUGGAUAGAAAGGAUUAUUUUAAUGACACCUACGGUACCCUGGGAGAGGGUGCAGAGGAAGAGCCUUGCAAGAUUUUUCACGAGAGGAUCAAUUUUUGCUUGGAUAUUCACGAGCGAUGUGUCAAGUCAUUGCGAUAUCCACCAAAAAAUUACGAUGAUAAUGAAACUAAUGAAGGUCGUCGAGAAAAAGAACAAAUGGAUAUAGAAAUAGCUAAACAAUUAGCGGAAACAGAUGACGAUGAUUUUUUUUGAUUUUAUUAUUUAUAUUUAAAAAAAAUUACAAUUUAUAAUAUUUUUUAGUUAUUUUUUUUGUAAUAAAUAAACUAAAUAUAAUUAUCCUUGUCAAUUUUGUUUUAUUUUACAAUAUAUCAGAGUUGUUAUACCA